AUGCUUUGGUUCAUUCCAGCACCUCUCUACCCCAUUGCUGGAACCACCAGCUCCCGAUCGGAUGAUGGAAGUUCUCCUGCCAUAACUUUACAGCGUUCCUUCAUGUACUUUGGACGGUCAUAUAAUCAGAUCUAUGUCAACCAUAAUGGACACUUGACGUUUAACUCUUCAUGGGGUCGAUAUGUCCCAUACUGCUUCCCAGCGCAUGGAUCCAGAGCCCUCAUUGCCCCUUUCUGGACAGAUUUGGACAACAGAAGAAAUGGUGCAGUCUACUACAACCAGUAUACCGGAGGAAGUGUCCUGCAACGGGCCACACGAGAUAUUAACCAAUACUUCCCUGGCCUGAGUUUCACUGCCAACUGGGUCUUUGUUGCCACAUGGUAUGAAGUGGCGUACUUUUCCAAUACAGGGACACGCACGACAGCCCAAGCGGUGUUGAUAACUGGUGGCCGGCACUCCUUCGUCUUGAUGAACUACGGACAAAUAGCCGCAACGACCCAUCGGGUGCAGGCUGGCUAUGACACAAUCAACUCCACCCAUCAUUUCACCAUCUACGCAGAAUCGUGUUCCACUAGUGUGACACGUAAUAUCCAGAGCUUGCGCACCAGCAGCAACGUCAAUGUUCCUGGGCGCUACGCCUUCCGGGUAGACCACGGUCCAACAGGCUGCACGUUUAAUGGCUUACCCGUCCAGCUGGGAGAUUCCUUCUGGGACGACCGGACCUGCACACGGAAAUGCGUCUGCACCACCGCAGGUCUGCAGUGUUACAGCCAAUCCUGUUCCUUCUCUCAGAUCUGCCGCCGCGAUGCCUUCCAGUUCUCCUGCCAGACCGUCCAAAGGCGCACGUGCACCAUCGCUGGAGACCCACACUACUACACCUUUGAUGGGACCGUCUUCCACUUCCAGGGCACGUGCACGUAUGUGCUGUCUGAGGAGUGUGGCCAUGGGCUGCCCUACUACCGGGUAGAGGGAAAGAACGAGCACCGCGGCAGCACCCGUGUGUCCUGGACCCGCCUGGUUAAAGUUUACGUCUACGGAGAGGAGAUCGAGCUGGUCAAAGGUCACCGUGCUGAGGCGAAGGUCAAUGGAACCUUCACCUCCACCCCCUUGUCCCUGCGGAAUGGCACCAUUCAGAUCUACCAAUCGGGUUUCUCCCUUGCUGUUGCCACGGACUUCGGCCUUCUGGUGACCUACGAUGCUAACCAUUAUGUCAGGAUCAGUGUUCCGUAUAAUUACCAGAACGUCACCUGUGGCCUUUGUGGGAACUUCAACAACCGUCCAGCAGACGAUUUCCAUACACGCCAAGGCCAGCUUGUUACUUCCGACACUGAGUUUGCCAACAGCUGGAAGGCAUCUGGAGAUGACGAGCCAGGAUGUGAGGCCCCAUGCAGUGGCCUGGGUUGUGCUUCCUGCACAGCGGCGCAGUACAGCCUGUAUGGAGGUUCUUCUCAGUGCGGACUCAUCCGCGACCCCUCAGGCCCCUUUGCCCCCUGCCACGGCCAGCUGCCCCCCCAGACCUACGUGGACAGCUGUGUGUAUGACCUCUGUGUUGGGGGUGGGUACCAGCCAAUCCUGUGCCAGUCCCUCAACGUGUAUGCCAGCCAGUGUCAGCAGAACGGCCUGCAGCCAACUACCUGGAGAAGUAGCGGGUUCUGUGAAAUCUCCUGUCCAGCCAACAGCCACUUUGAGUCCCAGGGCACCGGCUGUCCUGCCACUUGCACCAACCGCAACUCCACCCAGAACUGCCCUGUUCCAGCCCAGGAGAGCUGCAUCUGUAACACAGGCUACGUCCUUAGCACAGGCGUGUGCGUCCCUCUGUCCGAGUGCGGGUGCACAUUCGAAGGCCAAUACUACCGUUCGGGACAAAGCGUCAUACUGGACAGGGACUGCGGGAGGCAGUGUAGCUGCAGACAUGGUUCCAUGACCUGCCGCUCCCAUUCCUGUGGUCCGCUGGAGGCCUGCGGGGUGGAGGAUGGACAGAGAGGCUGCAGCCCCAGGAGCUACUCCACAUGUUGGGUCAAGGGUCCCCGAUCCUACCUUACAUUCGAUGGGCGGCGUUACCAGUAUCCUGGGGCUUGUCGACUUAUCCUGGCCAGGGUCAUGGGGGAAUCUCAACACCCCCACUUUGUGGUGACAGCAGAGAAGAUUCCCCGAGGCCAACAGGGAUUUGACCGUCUACUGCGAUUUGAGGCGGAAGGAGUGCAGGUGUCCAUUGAGAUUGGAGGGAACUCCAGCGUGCAGGUUGACGGUCAAGCCGUUGCUCUUCCUUUUAGCACAGCUUCCAACCGAAUCCGCAUCUACCACCGCAGUGUGGGCGGCGUCGUGCUCCAAACAUCCUUCGGCAUGACCUUGCAGGCGGACUGGCCUCACUUGGUGCGCAUCACUGCUCCCGGAGUCUACAACGGAUCGCUGGGCGGACUCUGUGGCAACUUUAACGGUCACCAGCAUGAUGACUUCCGCUCACCCACCGGCACCCUGUUGAACAACUCUCAGAGCUUCGGUGACAGCUGGCGGGACGGCUCCCUCUCCGCGCACUGUGUGGAGGCAGGAAAUGGUAGCCGUCGACUUAACACGACAGAUUACCGAUCGGGUCAGUACUGUGGCAUCAUUGCGAAUUCCAGCGGGCCAUUUGCUGCGUGCCAUAGGAUGUCAGACCCGUGGGACAGCGUAGAGAAGUGUGCAGAGGACGUGACUGACUCUCACGAUCCAGAGAUGGCGCUGUGUGAGGCGCUGAGAGACUUUGCUCUGUCGUGCCAACAGGCCGGUGUGUCCAUAGGAGACUGGAGGAAUGUCACCGGCUGUGCGAAAACCUGCCCUCUUAACAGCCACUAUGAGGUGUGUGGUACUUCCUGUCCAGCUUCCUGCCCCAGCCUGUCCUUCCCCUUCCUCUGCACAACAGUGUGUCAGGAGGGCUGUCAGUGUGAUGACGGCUUCCUGCUCAGUGGUAACCGUUGUGUGCCGCCCAUCGCUUGCGGCUGCCACCACCAAGGGCGCUACAGGCAAGCCGGGGAGCAGUUCUGGGAUGGUGAGGAGUGCCAGAACCUGUGCACCUGUAACGGUACCACUGGGUCAGUCUACUGUAACUCUGCCACCUGUGGCCCCCAGGAGUCAUGUCGUGUGGCUGGGGGUGAGUACGGCUGCCACCCCCUCCCCCAUGGCACCUGCUCUGCCUCCGGUGACCCCCACUACCUGACUUUUGACGGCCGGGCCUACGACUUCCAGGGCACCUGCCGCUACAUUCUGGCGACGGUGUGCAAUGACACAGACGGACUGAACAGAUUCCAAGUGGAGGCCAAGAAUGAAGCGUGGAGAGGGCUGGCAGUCUCCAUCACGGCAGAGGUGUUUGUUGACGUUGGGGACCACAGGGUGCUCAUAUCCAGAGAGAGACGAGGUUCGGUUCAGGUGGACGGUAUCAUCACACAUCUUCCUAUUCUUCUGGAUGGAGGUCGUGUUUCCAUUUACUCAAGCGGACUCCGAACGUUUGUCAACACUGACUUUGGUCUAAGCGUCAGCUAUGAUGGGUGGAGCACGGUGUCCAUCGUUGUGCCUUCCAAUUACAGCGGUAAAACCUGUGGACUUUGCGGGAACUUCAACGGUAACCGAAAUGACGAUUUCGUUACUCCAUCCGGUGCCCAGGCCGCCUCUCCCUCCCUGUUUGGCAACGCCUGGAAAGUUCCCGGAAACUACACCUGCACCAAUGGGUGUGGCUCCUCUUGUCCACGCUGCUCCGACGAGAGACCCGCCAGGUCCCAGUGUGGGCUGAUCCAAGCAGCUGAGGGGCCACUAAGCUUCUGCCAUGACCACGUGGACCCGACGCCGUAUUUCAAUGACUGUGUGUUUGACGUGUGCUUGUCGGGGAACAGGGGCCAGGAUGUUCUGUGCAACUCCAUUCAGGCCUACGUCAGCGCCUGUCAGUCUGCCAAUGUCCGAAUCUACCCCUGGAGACAAAACACCACCUGUAGGCUCGACUGCCCAGCUAACAGUCACUACGAGCUGUGUGGAACAGACUGUGCACAUACCUGUGCCAGCAGUAUUGAUGGGAGCUGUGAGCGGGUUUGCUCUGAGGGCUGUUUCUGCGACGAAGGCUUCCUGCGCAGUGGAGGACGCUGUGUUCCCACAGAGAACUGUGGAUGUCUGUAUGAUGGCUUCUACUAUGACGCUGGUGAGACGUUCUGGACCCCAGGCUGCUCCCGGCGAUGUGAGUGCCGUGGCCCCAACGACUUGCGCUGCUACGCGGCUUCAUGCACCCCCACACAAGAGUGUAUGGUCAGAAAUGGACACCGGGGCUGCUUCAACACGCUGUCCACCUGCACCGUGUGGGGAGACCCUCACUACGUCACCUUCGACGGGGCACUAGCUCAUUUCCAGGGGACAUGCUCUUACGUCAUCACCAAGAGCGUUGCCCCUAGCAACGCAACCACCUUCCAAGUGGUUGCAACCAAUAAUCACCGUGGAAACAACCGGGUGUCAUUUGUGUCUGCCGUGGACGUUUACCUAUCGAAUGGAAGAGAAGCUGUUGAUGUCAGGAUCGGACCCAACAAGAUCGUUAAGAUCAAUGGCAGUCAGGUGUCUCUUCCCGUCUCUGCCGGUUCCUUGGCCCACGUGAGGAAGGAAGGAGCCUAUGUGGUUUUGAACACGAGUCACGCCAUAGUCGAGUUUGACGGCAGGAGCACUCUGCUGGUCAGACUGGACCACAGCCUGCGCACCGCUGUCACUGGCAUGUGUGGUAACUUCAACGGUGACCCCGCAGAUGACAAAGCCCUGCCCAACGGCACUGUGGUGCAGAAUGACGAUGACUUCGGGGCCGGAUGGAAGGCACCUACAAGCCAACCUGGUUGUGGAGCCACUGAUGUGAGGGGGGGCGGAGGCCUGAAUGACUGUGCCCACAGGUGGAAGUACUCUUACCUCUGUGGGGUCAUCACCAACACCAGUGGCCCAUUCAGUGCCUGUCACCUGCACUCUGACCCCCAGCCAUUCUUUACUUCCUGUGUGUAUGACCUUUGCCUCUAUACGCCGGCCAAUGGCAUGCUCUGCUCUGCCGUCUCGGCCUAUGAGAGGGUGUGCAACGUUUUGGGGCUGGACAUCCCUCAGUGGCGCCAGGAUUUGCACUGUGCGGAGUCGGACCCCUGCGAGGAGCUCGGCUGUGUGGAGUACGAGUGGUGUGGCGAGAGAGACGGUGUCUGGGGCUGCUUCUGUGACGAACACCACCACCGGCCCAACAACCAGAGCUACGACUCGUCAAUUUCCUGUGUGAGCAGCUCGGCCAACAUGUCACUGUCGCGCUGCCAGCUGUUCGAAGCUGGUUUCCAUCCCGAGGCGCUUCACCUCAAAGAUUUCUCAUGCCAAGGCUCCCUGCAGGACGGACGCCUUGAGUUCCACUUCAAUAACGACGACGACCUCUGUGGGACCAUCCUCAAGACUAAUGGAACUCACUUCAUUUAUGAGAACGCGAUCCAGGGUAACGUUGACCCUCAUGAUAGCAUCAUCAGCCGUCAGAGAAACAUCCACCUGCCCUUCUGCUGUCAGUACCCUCUCCACCAGAGUCUCUCUAUGGAUGUAGGCAUCAACCCUAUAGAGAGCAUUGUGAGUCGGAAGCUUCCAGUGGGCCUGGGUCACUACCGUAUUAGGAUGAUCCCAUACCAGGAUGCCGGGUUCCGCUUCCCCUUCAGUGGUCAGAGUAACAUUGAGAUGGAGGUGAACAAGAGGAUGUACGUGGCAGUGCGGACGGAGGGUGUCGACGGACGACAGAUCUCCACUGUGCUGGACACCUGCUGGGCCACACCUGUCAACCAGGCCAGCUACCCCGUCCGGUGGAACCUCAUCGACAGACAGUGUCCAAACCCGGAGGAUGGCACCGUGCAGCUGCUCCAAAAUGGCGUCUCCACAGAGGCCCGGUUCUCCUUCAAGAUGUUUACCUUCACAAAUUUCUCUUCGCUUUACCUCCACUGUCAGGUCCACCUGUGUCUACUCAGACAACAGAACUGCACCACCCGCUGCUAUGCCGGUUACCAUCACAGAGUACGCAGGGACAUGACCUUCCAUGACACGGCAGACAUCUCCAUUGGACCGCUGCAGUGGCGACAGAGGAACAGAGAAGUAACCAGUGGAUCACCCAUCAUGUUGGUCUCCAUGACAACGCUGAUGCUCACCCUGCUGACAACCUGGACCCUGAGCUAGACAGAGACACACACACACACACACACUUUCGCCAUCCUUUAAAUAAAAACAUGUAACAGUACACAUGACAGCCUUACUCUGUUAAUGUGGAAUCCAUCACCAACCUCAAUCAAAUGUUUUAAAUGCAGACCGUGUGAAGGUAGCAAAAGUGCAAAAAAAAGCGUAGAGAGGUGCUACUCCUGAAGAAAACAUGACUGCUAGUUUUUAGGGUGUUACUGGGGCAUUGUAGGGGGCUGCACUAAUACUACUAAUGCUAUCACUACUACUGAUGACCAGCAAUGCAAUAAUAAAUAAGUGAAGGUUCGAAUUUCAAUGGAAAUCAACAAGCAUUCACACCGACCAAUGACAGAGCUGAAA